CAAACAUGCCAAUGAGUACAAUAGUAGCAGAUAUUAGGAGAUUAGCUGGUGAAAUGAAUUCUGAUCCGUUAAAAUCAUCUGAGAAAAAAGCGACUGUUUAUCAUACAGACAUGAGUCAACAAAUGCAAGAUGAAAUAAUCAAUAUUUGUCUAAAGUUUUGGAAAAUAUGUCAAAGAAGUUUGGAUACUACAUCAUUUAUUAAACGAACAUUGGAUAAGAAAUAUGGUACAGCAUGGCAUUGUAUUAUUGGCGAUGAAUAUAACAGUUGCGUAACACAUGAUUCGCAGUGUUUCAUCGACUUCAAGUAUGAGAAAAAAUCAUUUAUGGUUUAUAAAACAAGUCUAUGAUCUACUGAUCCCUGAAAUGAAGGAAAAACGAAAUAGGAAACAAUGAAUUCAAAACAUUGAAAAGCUAUAUAUUCAAAAUUAAUAUAUUAAUAUAUAAAUAACUUAUUAUAUGUAUGUGUUUUGUAGUAAUUCAAAAGUACACAACAUGACCUAUAUCCCUUGAAUGUAUAAUCUUCCUAAAGACACUUAAUAAUUGUUAAUUAGUCAGUUAGUUAGAGACAGUCUGCAGGAAUCGCCGAGCCUAUGCUUCGUGCUUAUUGACACAUGACGGCGAGGUGUAUUUGCAACC